UGGAGUUUGACCUACAGGAAGGCUCUCCUGAAGCAGGCACCCAGGGCCGAGGGCCACCACUGUCCUUGGACGCGCUCUGCCGCACAGGAGAGAGCCCGGGGUCUCCCUGCUUAGAGUCUCCUCAGCCUGUUCCCACCCCUGCACGCCCUCUGUGGACCUUGAGGCAGUUGCUCCUGUACCUGGGACAAGGACCCAGAGGGCGAAUUCAGGACCAUGGAGAGCGGCGGCAGCCCUCAGCCUCCAACCUUGGAUCCCCUGGAGCCCUUUCCCCAGAAGAACUUGGAGCCAGGUGACAUCGCAGUGCUGGUCUUGUACUUCCUCUUUGUCCUAGCUGUUGGACUAUGGUCCACGGUGAAGACCAAAAGAGACACCGUGAAGGGCUACUUCCUGGCUGGAGGGGACAUGGUGUGGUGGCCGGUGGGGGCCUCUUUGUUUGCCAGCAACAUCGGGAGUGGACAUUUCAUCGGCUUGGCAGGGUCGGGAGCAUCGGUGGGCAUCUCUGUGACUGCUUAUGAGUUUAAUGGCUUAUUUUCAGUGCUGAUGUUGUCCUGGAUCUUCCUGCCCAUCUACAUCGCAGGCCAGGUCACCACGAUGCCCGAGUACCUGAGGAAGCGCUUUGGCGGCAACAGGAUCUCCAUCACCCUCGCCGUGCUCUACCUGUUCAUCUACAUCUUCACCAAGAUCUCCGUAGACAUGUACGCAGGGGCCAUCUUCAUUCAGCAGUCCUUGCACCUGGACCUGUACCUGGCCAUCGUCGGGCUGCUGGCCAUCACGGCUCUGUACACCGUGGCGGGUGGCCUGGCCGCUGUGAUCUACACGGACGCUCUGCAGACUGGGAUUAUGCUCGUAGGGGCUUUCACCUUGAUGGGCUACAGUUUUGCUGCGGUUGGCGGGAUGGACGGCCUGCAGGAGAAGUACUUCCUGGCCCUGGCUAGCAACCGCAGCGAGAACGGCAGCUGCGGGCUGCCCCGCGAGGACGCCUUCCACAUCUUCCGAGAUCCAGUGACGUCAGACCUGCCGUGGCCCGGGAUUCUGUUCGGCAUGUCCGUCCCGUCUCUGUGGUACUGGUGCACGGAUCAGGUGAUCGUCCAGCGCAGUCUGGCAGCCAAGAACCUGUCCCACGCCAAAGGAGGGUCCCUGGUGGCCGCCUACAUGAAGGUUCUCCCCCUUUUCCUGAUGGUGUUCCCGGGCAUGGUCAGCCGCGUCCUCUUUCCAGAUCAGGUGGCCUGCGCUCACCCCGAGAUCUGCCAGAAGGUCUGCAGCAACCCCUCGGGCUGCUCUGACAUCGCCUACCCCAAGCUCGUGCUAGAGCUCCUGCCCACAGGACUCCGUGGGCUCAUGAUGGCUGUGAUGGUGGCGGCUCUCAUGUCCUCCCUCACAUCCAUCUUUAACAGUGCCAGCACAAUCUUCACCAUGGACCUCUGGAAUCACAUCCGGCCGCGGGCCUCUGAGAGAGAGCUCAUGGUGGUGGGCAGGAUAUUCGUGCUCCUCCUGGUGCUCGUCUCCAUCCUCUGGAUCCCUGUGGUCCAGGCCAGCCAGGGAGGCCAGCUGUUCAUCUACAUCCAGUCCAUCAGCUCCUACCUGCAGCCGCCUGUGGCCGUGGUCUUCAUUAUGGGCUGCUUCUGGAAGCGGGCUAAUGAAAAGGGCGCCUUCUCGGGCCUGAUCUUGGGCCUGCUGCUGGGCCUGGUCAGAUUGGUCCUGGACUUCAUCUACGCUCAGCCUCGGUGUGACCAGCCAGACGAGCGCCCCGCGGUGGUGAAGUACAUCCACUACCUCUACUUCUCUAUGAUCCUGUCUGCCACCACCCUGGUCACUGUGGCCACCGUGAGCUGGUUCACAGAGCCGCCCUCUAAGGAGAUGGUCAGUCGCCUGACCUGGUUUACUCGUCACGACCCCAUGGUCCAGAAGGAGCAAGGGCCACCAGAAACCCCCGUGCCCCCUGCCGUCUCUCAGAACGGGACUGCAGAAACCCCCAGCGCCAGCAUCCAGUUUGAGAUUGUUCAAGAAAACAUGUCGAAAAGCCACAACUGUGACGCGACCACAAAACAGUCCAAAGUGGUGAAGGCCAUCUUGUGGCUCUGUGGGAUGGAGAAGCGGGGCAAAGAGGCACCCCCAGACAGAGCGGAACCUGUCCUCAUUUCCUUAGAGGAAAACCCCAGGGUGAAGACCUUUCUGGACGUCAACUGCAUCGUCUGCAUCACCUGCGCCAUCUUCCUCUGGGGCUACUUUGCUUAAUGUGAGGAUCCAAGGUGUCUGUGUUUUGUUUUCAACAAUAUUUUUUAAUGAAAGAAAUAAUAAUAAUCAAGCCUUUGUUUGUUU